CAGGUGUCCCAAAGUGUCCCGGGGUGUCCAAGGGUGUCCCGUCCCAGCGAUCUCGGGGCUGGUGUCUCCUCCGGCGGUGCUGCCGAGCGGCGCGGGCUCCUGUCUCCUGCGCGCGGUUCCUCGCUGGAAGCCCGUCCCGCGGGUCCAUGAGGGUGUCGCCGCUCUGAGGGAGCCCGAGAGCAAGGAAAAACAAUUCCACGAUGAAACGUGAAGAAUUUUUGGAAGUUGUGUCUAAAGAGUCAAUUGAAGACUUCCUGCAUUACACUCAGAAUCCUAAAAAUACAGUUGAUCGUUUUGACUUGAACGAACUCCUUCAAGAAUUGCCAAGGAAAAAAAAGGAAGUGCUAUGGGAGAGACUGACACAGCUGUUGACAGAGAACUUGAUGGAGAGCCCUGUGGAAACGUGGCAGAGGACUGGAGAUGAUAAAAGUGAUGAUCACAUGGAAGUCGAGAGAACUCCAGAAAUUAAACAAACUGUAGCAGUGAUCCAAGGAGUGACAGCUGUCGUGACUGCUUCCAUACCUGCAGUGGAUGAAAAUGUAAACUACAAAGCUCUUCUAGAAUGUGUUUUUAUAUUAAAUGGUAUUCUUCCUGCAUUACCUGCAUCUGAAAAAAUCCUGCAGGAUGGUAUCCAACGUGUAUGUGAAAUGUGGUGGCAGAAGGGACUGGAAGGGAAGGAGCUUCUGGGGAAGACUCUAUUUAUCAUUCUGCUAAGAAAAAGCCUGCAUAAAGCUGCUGUGGGUGCAGAUAUAGUUCGUCUGUGGAAUCUACAUCAGGCAUUACUUUGUUUUGAUUAUGAUUCAGAGGAGAGUAAUGAAGUCAAGGACUUGUUGCUUCAGUGUUUUAUGAGUGUAAAACACAUUAAGAAAGAAGAGGGAAGAAGAUUCCUGAGUUUUUUAUUCAGCUGGAAUAUAAACUUCAUUAGGAUGAUACAUGGAACUGUUAAAAACCAAUUACAGUUCUUUCCAAGAUCCUUGGUGGAAUACAUUGCAGAAGUUUACUUCAGGUCCUGGAAGAAGGUAUCAGGAGAAUUCAUAGAGGAACUGGAACAUAACUGCAUCCAGGAUUUCAUGCAUCAUGGAAUUCAUCUUCCCAGAAGUUCUUCUGUUCAUUCUAAAGUUAGAGAGAUGCUGAGUUAUUUUCAUAAACAAAGUAGAGUUCGUCAAGGAGUGGAAGAAAUGCUCUAUAGAUUGUAUCAGCCUAUCCUUUGGAGAGCACUGAAGGCCAGAAACUCAGAAGUUCGAGCAAACGCAGCAUUUUUGUUUGUUGAUGCUUUUCCUCUUCGGGAUCCCAGUUUUGAUGCUGAAGAGAUGGACAAUGAAAUUCAGAAACAGUUUGAAGAGCUUUUUAGUCUCUUGGAAGAUCCUCAUCCAGUUGUCCGCUCUACAGGGAUCCUUGGAGUUACUCAGAUAACAUCCAGAUACUGGGAGAUGAUUCCUUCAGUAAUUGUUGCUGAUCUUUUAAAAAAGAUAACUGGGGAGCUGGCAUGUGAUGUAUCAUCUGCUGAUGUUCGAUGCUCUGUAUUUAAAUGCCUACCAGUAAUUUUGGACAACAACCUCAGCCAUCCAUUACUGGAACAGCUCCUGCCAGCGACCAAACACAGCCUUCGUGACAACUCGGAGAAAGUGCGCGUGGCUUACGUCGACAUGCUGCUGAAAAUUAAGGCUACCAAGGCUGCUAAGUUCUGGAAUAUCUGUCCCAUGGAGGAUAUUCUGACUCGUCUGGAGGUGGAUUCACGGCCCGUGUCCCGGCGCAUAGUGAACCUCCUGUUCAACUCCUUCUUUCCCACCAACCAACCCGAGGACGUGUGGUGUGAGCGCUGCGUCACUCUCAUCCAGAUGAAUCCAGCAGCAGCCAGAAAGUUCUAUCAAUAUGCUUAUGAAUAUACUGCCCCCACUAAUAUAGCUAAAUUGAUGCUCACCAUUCGGCGCUGCUUGAACGCCUGCAUCCAGAAAGCAAGGAAGGAGAGUCUGGGUGAUAGUGGGGAGGAUGACAAUGAUGAAAGCGAAAAGGAGAACACAAGUGUGUUGGAUAAUGUGUUGUCCAUAAAUGAUGUGGCCAGCAUGGCAAGUUUGUUGGAGAUUAUUGUAAUUCUCUGGAAAAGUAUCUACAAAGCACUAGAACACAAUGCAGAGGUCAAAGAUUAUGCUAUCAGGAAAUUUGCUUCUGUACUUCCUGAAUAUUUUAAAGUAUUUAAGGACGAGCGUUGCAUGACUCCAUUGGUUAUUCUGGCAUCCUUUAUGCCCAUUGCUGCUGUUCCUACAUUCAGCUGUGGUGUGAUUUCCAGACUCAGAAAUAUUAACAGUGGAGCUGACCAAAGCAAAUAUUCUACCCUGAUCGACUGCAUGUGUCGCUGGGGUCAAGUGGGGCAUAUUAUGGAAUUAGCCUGUGAUUGGUUGUCUGACACAGUGACCCCAAGAAAGAGCGUUAAAACAUCUGGGCGCCGAGUGCAGAUCCACGUAACACAGGAAUCAAAACCAGAACUGGCAAUUGAUUACCUUGACUAUUUAUUGACUCAUCCUGUCAAUCGUGACUGCCUCCUUUCUGUUCAUAAAAAGAAACUGAAGAAACUUCUGAAAAUCCUCAGUGCUGCAAAGAGGGUUCUUGGCUCAAUCCUUAGAGGAACUAAUGCAGAUUCUGGUAGCUGGAAUCAAGCAACUAGUCUAAGAGCCUUCAGCCUCUUUUGCAGAUUGAGUAUUCAUCUUCAGCACAAGUUUUCUGGAGAAGGAGAUUGCCUCUCACUUUUGAAGGAGACAGGUGCUUGGAUAGAAAGUCAAGUUGUACCUUUUAUACUGUCAAGUGAUCAAGAGGAUGGUAUUUCAAAACACAGUAGUGUUUCUGAAUUAAUUAUCCAGGCCUACCUGACAGUAUGUAAAGAUGUCAUAAUGGUUGGCCUUGGAAAUCUCACGUUUCAAGCACAUGUUCUAGAUAUGGCUCUUCCCAUUAUACAGACAGAGAGAGGUGGCUUAUGUGCUCCAGUAUUACUGUGUGCUCUAAAAGAAAUUGUUGAAGCUUCUUUAACUCAGAAUACUGAGACAGAUGAAGUGGCAAAUCUUUUCCACACUGUACAGAACGUCUUGCAGAAAGUUUUGGAAUGUGUGGCACAUAGACUCAAGAAACAGCAGGAAGAAGGGAUUCAGUUGAUUCACGCUAUUCAGAUGCCUCUUGGAGAAUUCAUUCACGCACUGCAGUGCUGGCAUUCAUCAUUCCCAGCAGUGCACCAGGGUGUACUCUCCACUCUCCUGGCUGCAGUAGUAGCAGACAUAAAUUGUGUGCUACAGAUGGCUUCCAGUGAAAAAGAUGUCACUAUACCAAGGACUGUUUCAGACCUUCCCCCUCUUUCAAGCAGUUUAAUGGCCAUAAUUAUGAAGUCAGUUAAUGUUGUCAGGUCAUUUUUAAAUGAAUUAAUGGAAUGCAUCCUCUCUGAAGAAAUUAAAGGGAUUUUUAGUCUAACAGCUUCUGUCAGCAUUGUGAUGAUAAUUAAAGGUAAGCACAAACCUGCACUUGUAAAGGAUGUUGCACCUGCCCUUCGAGGGAAGCUGCUGGUGUGCAGUGAGGCCAGCGAGGGAUCCAGCAGCACUGAAAGAUUCCUGUGUGAAUCAUCUCUGAAAAUUUUGGAUGAAUUUUUAAAUCCUUGUCCACGCCAAGGCUUUUGUCAUGCAAAUUAAAGGAAGGAAGACGUAUUGCUUUUUAAAAAAUAUUAUCUUGUAAAAUUAUGAAUAAGCAAAGUUUAUUUUCUGCUAUGCUGUACAUUUAAAGCAAGGAAUAUGUAUAAAGGUGUGUAUAAAUAUUAUGAAAUAGUAAAGACUGCUCAAAAGCUGCAAAGAAGUUAUUCUGUAUAAAAGUGUCUUUGUGGGAGGAAUAUAAAAUCAGUAUUUUUGUAUCUUUUUUUUUGAAAAACAAAAUUAAUUGUAUCAUAGAUAUUCUGAGACUGAGGUACCACUUCAGUCCCUGGGAAAACUGCAGAGCAUACUCCUAGAGGUUUUGGAAAUUAAUUUUAUUUCAAAACAUGGGUGGGACAAAAUGGUGAUUGGGAAUAGCUAUUCUACCUAACCAGCCACAUUUCCCUUCCUUUUGUGGGAGAAGAGAGGGCAGAGAAUGUCAUGUUUCCUGUCCUUAGCAAAGACUUUUACACAAUCUUAUAUAGAUCCUUACAGCCAAAUUGGAGAAAGAUGGGAUGGAUGUAUAAACAUAGAAGAUGGGUGGACAACAUGCUGGACCAACGGACUUGAAGGAUAACACAGCCUGGAGUGAGAUUUAAAGGUGGUUGCUGUGGCUUUCCUCAGGGCAGACACUGGUGCCACUGCUACUUAACACUUCCAUGAAGAGCUUGGGCAAUGGAUGAACUGCAGCCUUGGGCUCUUGGCAGAUGACACCAGCUUGGGAGCACUGGCUGAUCCCCAGGGCUGGGUUGUUCCACUCAGUGGGAUCCUGACAAGCUGGGCUGAGGAUCAGCCAGUCUCAUGACGUUCAGUGAAGAACACGUGCUCUUCUACCCACAAGGGGCUGAUCCUGCACACCAGUGUAGGCACAGGGGAAAGGGCAGCUCAUUGUGUCUGCACCUGCCUGGAUGAGGACUAAGAAAAGACUUUUCCCAGAGGUGCACAUGAAGAGAAUAUGAGGCAACUGAACCAACUUGCAGCAAGAGAAUUUCUCGUUGGAUGUAAAAAACAGUCAUUAUGAGAGUGAAUUGAAACAGGAAAUGGAACUGGAACAGGUUACUCAGGAAGGCUAUGGAAUACCCAUCUAUGGGGGUAUUCAUCCUUGGAGAAGUGCAGGACUUGACUGACAAGGGGGGCUCUGGCCAUGCAUUGUGGCCACACAACCCCAUGGAGCACUACAGGUUGGGGACAGAGUGGCUGCAGAGCAGCCGGGCAGAAAAGGAACUGGGGUGCUGACUGACAGCAGCUGAACAUGAGCCAGCAGUGUGCCCAGGUGGCCAAGAAGGCCAAUGGCAUUCUGGCCUAGAUCAGGAACAGUGUGGCCAACAGGACCAGGGAAAUGAUUCUUCCCCUGUACUCAGCGCUGGUGAGGCCACACCUGGAGUGCUGUGUCCAGUUCUGGGCCCCUCAGUUCAGGAAGGACAUUGAGGUGCUGCAGUGUGUCCAAAGAAGGGCAAUGGGGCUGGUGAAGGGACUCGAGCACAAGUCCUAUGAGGAGAGGCUGAGGGAGCUGGAGUUGUUCAGCCUGGAGAAGAGGAGGCUCAGGGGAGACCUCGUCACUCUCUACAACUCCCUGAAAGGAGGUUGUAGCCAGGUGGGGUUGGUCUCUUCUCCCAGGCAACCAGCAGUAGGACAAGAGGACACAGUCUUAAAAUGUGUCAGGUGAUGUUUAGGUUGGACAUUAGGAGGAAUUUCUUCACAGAAGGAGUGAUUGGGCAUUGGAAUGGGCUGCCCAGGGAGGUGGUGUAUUCACUGUCCCUGGAGGUGUUUAAGAAAAUACAGGAUGUGGCACUUAGUGCCAUGGGCUAGUUGACAAGGUAGUGUUGGGUCAUAGGUUGGACUCAAUGAUCUCAGAGGUCUUUUCCAACUUAAGUGAUUCUAUGAUUCUCUGUCAUAGCUUUGGAAUUAGCCCUGCUUUAGCUGGAGAUUGGACCAGAUUCUCUCCUGAGCUUCCUCCUAACUUGAAUAUUUGUGUGAUUCAGUGCCUGGUACAGUGGAGGGGAAAUGCCCUAGCUAUUAAACAUAGACUUGACUAAUAUAUAAAUUGCUUUAUAUUUAACUAUUUUUAUAAAUUAUAGCUAUUUUUAUCAAUUAAUAUUAAUGAUGCAGUUAAUGCAGACAUCUAAGCCAGUUAUUUAAUUUCCUUCAUGCAACCAGAUGCUCUUCUAAGACCGAAUGCCGAUUGCACAGUAUUAGUUUGCCUUAACAGAGAUACAUGUAAAUAACCUGUCUGAGCUCAUGGGGUGGUUCAGCCCCAGCCAGAAGCCAGGCACCACACAGCUGCUCCCUUGCUGCCACCACCCCUCCUGGGAUGGAGGCAGAACUGUAAGGAUAAAAGUCAGAAAGAAACUCACGGGUUGAGAUAAAAACAGUUUAAUAAUUAAGAAAAAAUAAGAGUAUUUUUUUAAAUUUUAAGGAAAAGAGAGGAAAAAAGGGGAAUAAAACCACCCAGCCAGUGCCUAAGCAGCGGCUCCCCUGCAUUUUUGCCUUCAGUUUAUUGCUGACCAUGAUGUCCCAUGGUGUGGGACGUCCCUUGGGUCAGUUGGAGUCAGCUGUCCCAGCUCUGUCCCCUCCCAACUCCUUGUGCACCCCCGGGCUCCUUGGGGUGGUGUGAGAAGCAGAGAAGGCCGUGGUGCUGUGUAAGCCCUGCUCAGCACUGGCUAACACAUCCCUGUGUUAUCAGUACUGUUUCCAGCACAAAUCCAAAACACAGCCCCGUAGCACCUACCGUGAAGAAACUUAUCUCAGCCAGAACCAGCACAGCUCCUAAUGCCAUAGUUUUGUCUGUUUUAGAAGGAGAUUUAAUAGGAACCUCCAGAAAACAAUUCAGCCACAAAUUGAAAUAGCAUUUGGUGACCAGCUUAGACCUGGACAUGUAACACUUGGUUACCUGCAAUGAAGUGAAGUGGUUCUCAGUGUGGGCCUGUGCCAAUGGAUAUUGAGGUCUCCAACGUUACUGAGUGGCACUGAAACAGGAGUUAACCAGUUUGGCCAAAUUCAGACAGGCUCCUCACUCUUGAUUAAGAUCAGUGCACAGAGCUGUACCCCCAUCUGUCUAAACAGGCGUCUGCUGAGCUGGUUUUCUUUCUCUGGUAAGAGAGUGUAAGAUUAUUUUCAAGGAUCUGCUCUGUCAACUGCAAUGAAUUACCUUCAUCCUGGUUUUCGUCAGGUCCUUACUUGACCUUGGUACAUAAAACUUCCCUACUGGAUAAAAGCUGAUUUAGCUGGAAUGUUGAUAUUUAAAAGCAAUAAGAUUCUUAAUAAACAACAGUCAAGCUUUGCAACAGGACAGUCAGUAUGUGCAUGGAUUCACGAGUUCCAGAUUUACCUCAUCCCCAACAGUGGCCUUACCAAAAGGACUAAUCCUGCCCCAGCAGGAAGCUGCAGUUCUGCCAAUUGUUUAUCUAUCAGCAUCUUUAUAAAAACUGUGUUCUUUGGCCUUCAUUCUUCUACAUCUGUUAACAGGCAGGUGUUCCGGUAAUGACCUUUUAAAUCUUCUGAUUAUACAAAUUACUUAAUGAAUAUGUAAAUAAGUUCCUUUUUUUCUGCUUCUCAGUCUCUCAGUAUUUGCUCAUAUUAUUAGAUGAUAAAAGAAUCCAAAAUUACUGCCUUGUUUUUCCUCAGUGUAUAAUUUUGCUUUUUCAGUUUUCAUGGGAUUCAUGUACAGAUGUAAUAUCCCUGCAUCUGAAAGAAAUAAAGGUCCUUCCAUCAACAUCAGAAA